AAGUUAAAAGGAGUGGGCGGAAAAAGGAUAAAAAAAACCCGUCGGCUAACCUGAGAAAAGCCAGGGUCACAUCCUUCUAUUCUACGAUAAGCUUGCCAGCUAACCCUCUAGCUAGUCAAGCUAAUAGAGUGAUUGCCGACCGCGGAGUUUAGCUCUCGGUUCGGCAUUAAUGGAAGUUGUAUACAUAGCUUAUCCCGUCUCCCACCACCCAUGUGUGUGUCGCAUCUUUUUUUGCCACAAGAAGAGGCCUGGCUGGAGGAGGUGUUAGCCGGGUUGGCUAAGUUGGAUCGCGAAGGCCUCGGCGGCGCCAUUUUGAAUCCAGCACCUUAAUUUAAAGCUAGUCGUCCACGAGCAGGCAGAGCCCCUUCCACACCCACUGGUCAGGUUGAUGAUGGUGAGAGGAAUCCGCUCCAUCGAGAAAAUUCGCCCUCAUGAUUUUUAUCACCACUUCUGGGAGCUGUAGUUUUUGUCCAUGCCCCCCGGUGCAGACGGCCUUUUGUUCGGGAGUGGCCGGCGGGCUUCACACCGAGGCCCGUUUGGUGGCUUAUCGACCAGGGUGGCUGUUAUGGAUGGAUCGGUGGACAUCACCCCCUGAUAGUGUCCAUAAAUGGCGAAUCUUCACUCCCGUUAGUGUAUCAGUGUCUAGACGAGUCCCAACAAAGCCCCAAUCAAAAUGGCGUGGUCUCAAAAUGGACGCUUAGAUAAUCCACUCUCUCGUAGAGAGGGGAUAGCCGGCCAUUUUCUAGUUGUUUUCAAGAUCACUCCCCAUUUCCUUGUGGACAUUUCUCCCCCCCCCCUACUCCGUGAGAGCCAUUUUCGUGGCCUGCUAAAGAACUCUUUGUGGCGAACCGGGAAACAUGGUGCAACGCUGGAGGCCACGCUGCUUCAGAUGGCGACCCCCUGUGUGCCCGAGGAUCGUAUCUGGAGAGCCUUUGGUGGAGGCACACAUGGCAAGAGUACUGUGGGCAAUAUUGCCAAAACAGCUUCCAGAUAAGUGGCAGCACGACAUGUUCGACAACGGCUUCAGCGGCUUCAAUGGUGCUGCUGGAGGUGGCGGAGGAGGUGGCGUGGAAACUGGAGGGAAGCUCCUCGUCUCCAAUCUCGACUUUGGGGUCUCAGAUGCAGACAUUCAGGAACUCUUUGCUGAAUUUGGAACUCUGAAGAAGGCGGCGGUUCAUUAUGACCGAUCAGGGAGAAGUCUGGGAACUGCAGAUGUCCACUUUGAAAGGAGAGCGGACGCACUCAAGGCCAUGAAGCAGUACAAUGGCAUCCCACUCGACGGGCGGCCCAUGAACAUCCAACUCGUCACAUCACAGAUCGACACACAGAGAAGACCUGUACAGGGUCUGAACAGAGGUGGCGGAGGAGGCAUGAACAGAAAUCGAGGGGGCAGCUUCGGCGGCAUGCAGAGAGGUCGAGGAGGCCGUGGUGCAGGCGGUCCCAGAGGACGGGGUCGAGGAGGACGGGGUGGAAACACUAAGCAGCCGAUGUCAGCAGAGGAACUCGACGCCCAAUUAGACGCCUACAAUGCCAGGAUGGACACGACAUAAAAUGAAGUCUCCCCCGUUUCCCUUCCUGUCUGCACAGAAGGGUCCUUGUCAGAAAUGUGCAGAAUAUUUUACACUUGUCUUCUGGUGUGAUUGAAAUUGUUGUUGCAACUCCUUUUAAAUGGUCCGAAGUGUUUUUUACCAGUUGUUUUUUUCUCUUCAUGAACAUGGUUUUUGGUUGUAGGUUAAUGUGAAUUGGGAUUCCCAGUUCUUUCCUCUUCUCUGUAGUUACUGAGACUUGUAAUAAAACCUGCAGUGCUUAUUGACCAAA